CGAAGCUGGAGGCAUUCUUUUGACUUGGAUACACUUGUUGAGGACCUGAAUCAGCGGCAGCAAAGCAAUCUAAACGCCUGCUUGUCUCCUCCAACUGAGAAGCAGCCGGGUGUAUGCUGGACAGAGGCAUCGCGACUUCGCUUCGAUCGUUCAUUCCCGCUCGAUUGGCUCUGCGUCCUGUCUCGAUAUCGAGUCACCCGAUCGUCUCACCGUCCCGACUCCCAGCGUCUUACCUGCUAAGAGGGCUCAGAGCUGACAGAAUGACAGCUCCCGCAACUUCGUCUUCUGCUCCACCUUCUGGAGCGGCGGCGCACCCCCCGGCUGUGUUGGCGAACACCAAAUCUCGUUUCGGCGAUUGGCCUGCGAACAAGGUUCGCUCGACCUUUGUCGACUACUUCAAGGACAAGUACGGACACACAUUUGUCCCAUCCAGCAGCACCAUUCCAUAUGAUGAUCCGACUUUGCUGUUCGCCAAUGCUGGUAUGAACCAAUAUAAGUCUAUUUUCCUAGGCAUUGCAGACCCAUCCUCAUCACUUGCAUCGCUCAAGCGUGCAGUCAACUCUCAAAAAUGUAUUCGCGCCGGUGGCAAGCACAACGAUCUGGACGAUGUGGGCAAGGACACUUACCAUCACACGUUCUUUGAAAUGCUGGGGAACUGGUCUUUUGGAGACUACUUCAAGAAGGAGGCGAUCACAAUGGCGUGGCAGCUUCUGACUGAAGUCUACGGCUUGCCCAAAGAUCGUCUCUAUGUGACCUACUUUGAAGGAGAUGCCAAACUGGGCGUCGAGCCCGACCUCGAGGCACGCGAUCUGUGGCGCUCCGUGGGCGUCGCAGACGAUCACAUCUUGACAGGAGACGCCAAGGACAACUUUUGGGAAAUGGGUGCCACGGGGCCCUGUGGUCCCUGCUCGGAGAUCCACUAUGACCGCAUUGGCGGGCGCAACGCAGCGUACCUCGUCAACAAGGAUGACCCGAACGUGCUGGAGAUCUGGAACAAUGUCUUCAUGGCCUACAAUCGCGAAGCAGACGGCAGCUUGCGGUCGCUCCCCUCCAAGCACAUCGACACGGGCAUGGGUUUUGAGCGCCUAGUUAGUUGCUUGCAGGACAAGCCGAGCAAUUACGAUACGGACGUCUUUCUGCCGCUAUUUGCCAAGAUCCAAGAGCUGACCGGUGCACGGCCUUACGCUGGCCUCUUGGGCGCCGAAGACAAGGAUGGCAUCGACACGGCCUACCGCGUCGUUGCCGACCAUGUCCGGACGCUCACCUUUGCCAUCAGUGACGGCGGGGUACCCGACAAGGACGGCCGAGGCUACGUGCUGCGCCGUAUCUUGCGAAGAGGCACACGCUACGUGCGUAAGUACUUCCAAGUCCCCAUCGGCAACUUCUUCAGCCGGCUCGUCCCCACCGUCGUCGAGGAGAUGGGCCACUUCUUCCCUGAGAUCACCAAGAAGAUUGACAGUGUCAAAGCUAUCCUCGACGAGGAGGAGGAAUCCUUCUCACGCACGCUUGAUCGCGGCGAGAAACUGUUCGAGCAAUACGCCAAGCGCGCAAAGGAGGCAGGGCUCAAGCAGCUUAACGGCAAGGACGUCUGGCGUUUGUACGACACAUUUGGCUUCCCUGUCGACCUGACGCUGAUCAUGGCCGAGGAGCACGGCUUGGGUGUCAACGAGGCAGAGUUUGAGAAAGCGCAGGCGGAAAGCAAGGAGGCUAGCAAAGGUGGCGUAAAGGAGAAAGGCAGCGAGAUGCCCAAGUUUGACGUGCAUGACCUGGGAGCGCUUGAGAAGGACUCAUCGGUGCCAAAGACAGACGAUAGCGCCAAAUAUGGCUUCGGAAACGUUCAAGCAACUGUCAAGGCAAUCUAUCAGGACCAUAAAUUCGUGCAAUCUUCUAGCGAGGUCGACACAUCAAAGCCUGUGGGUAUCCUCCUAGACAAGACCAACAUGUAUGCCGAGCAGGGUGGUCAGUUGGCAGACACAGGUAGCAUCGUGAUCGAUGGCCAAGCCGAAUUCGUUGUGAAGGACGUGCAGGUAUUCAGCGGCUACGUUUUACACAAUGGCGACUUCAGCUACGGCUCGUUGAAAGUGGGCGACUCUGUCGUUGCUGGAUAUGACGAGCUGCGAAGGUGGCCAAUACGAAACAACCACACCGGCACGCACAUUCUUAAUUUUGGUCUGCGAGAGGUUCUCGGGGAUCAUAUAGACCAGCAGGGCUCUCUUGUUGCGCCUACCAAGCUGCGCUUCGACUUUUCGCACAAGGCCGGCGUCGCUGUGCCUGAUCUGAAGAAGAUCGAAGAUAUUUGCAAUGAAUGGGUCAAGAAGAACGUCAAAGUGUACUCCAAAGAGCUUUCUCUGGAGCUCGCGCACAAGAUUCCAGGUCUCAGAGCCGUUUUUGGAGAGGCGUACCCGGAUCCUGUGCGCGUCGUGUCGCUAGAGUAUGAUGUCAACGACAUUGAGAAGGACAUCGAGAACCCGAAGUGGAAGUCGACUUCGAUCGAAUUCUGCGGUGGCACGCACGUCAAGCAGACUGGGGACAUCAAGGAUCUGAUCAUCGUCGAGGAGAGCGGCAUCGCCAAGGGCAUCCGCCGGAUAGUCGCCGUCACAGGCGAGGAGGCUGCGCAGGUCACCAGAGCCGCCGAUGAAGCGUUCGCUGAGCUCGACACGAUCGACAAAAUGACCGACAAGGCAGCAAAGGACGCGAACCUCAAGACAUUCGUCAACCGCAUGCUGCAGCUUGAGAUCAGCGCUGUGCGGAAAGCGGAGUUGCAAGACAAGUUCGCCGUCAUUCGCAAGAAGCUGGACACGGAGGCAAAGGCCAAGGCUGCUGCUGAAAUCAAAGUUGUCGAGGCCGGCAUUAAGGACUUCUUCGCGACCGAGCAGCCCAACGCACCGUGUUUGAUUCGCAAGUUCAACGUCAGCUCCAACAGCAAGGCGCUCAACGCAGGCAUCGCCAUCGCUCGUAAGCUCGGCAAGUCCGUCUACCUCUUCUCGCAAGAGCCAGCCAUCGGCGCUGCCGUCAAGACUAAAGUUGUGCACGCCAACUUUGUCGCGAAGCAUGACCUGGACAAAGGGCUCAAGGCGAAGGAAUGGGCUGAAGUCAUCACGAGCAGUAUCGGCGGUCGCGCGGGUGGGAAGGACGAGUCUGCGCAGGGCAUGGGCGAGGAGGACGCUGCUGCGCUCAAUGACGUGCUGCUCGCCGCGCAGCGCUUCUACGAGAUGAAGACGGUGUAGAGCAAGAUGCCGCUGCUGCAGUGAAACGUAGAAACGCACCAUUCAGGGCUCCGUGUGUACCAAGGGAUGUAGGCAACGCAGAAGGCAAAUCAAUCAUUAGAGCACACUCCAAAAGGCUGGAUCCCUUGCCUCAUUCGCCCUCGUCGCCUUCCGCCGGUUCCCUUCGGGCAAACUGCACGCCAAGGGUAUGGCGAUUUGUACA